GAUGUGUCGCACCGGCACUACAAUCACAAUCACCUGCCAGUGCUGAUAGCAUUGCUGGUGCUAACAUGCAAACUGAGCCACGAUCAUCAUUGGCUACUCAAAAAUUUUUAUCCCAAACACCUUCAAUAUUAUAUACAGCUGUAGUAAAAGGAAAGGUUGCACUUCCAUGUGAUAUAACUCCCCCAACAUUAGAUGAUCAGGUGGUACUUAUACUAUGGUAUAAAGAUGAACAGUUAGCGCCAAUUUAUACAUUGGAUGCCAGAAGAGGUAACUUAGAACAGGCCCGUACAUUAACAAACAAUAUAUUGGAUGGUCGGGCAUAUUUCAAUCUACACAAUAGGCCGGCAUUCCUACAGAUUGAUCCAAUACGUGUGACCGAUGCGGGCGACUAUCGAUGUCGUGUAGACUUUAGGAAAGCCCGGACUGUCAAUACUGUCAUAUCAUUAAAAGUGAUCGUGCCGCCAGAGGAACCAAUUAUAGUGGAUAUGGAUAAUAAUGAGUUAAGCGGUUUGAUUGGACCCUACAAUGAAGGCGAUGAACUCAGACUGAUUUGUAGCACAAGUGGAGGCAAACCUCGUCCAUCACUGAGCUGGUGGAGAGACUAUUCAAUAAUUGACGACACAUUUGAAUACAAUGAAAAAGAUGUGACAACAAAUCAGUUAACAAUAACAUCAUUAGCCAGACAUCAUUUGCUGUCAAUCUUUACGUGUCAGGCCAUCAAUAAUAAUAUAACUGUGCCAUCAUCCACAUCCAUCACAUUAGAUCUCAAUUUAAAACCAACUGAUGUACGGAUAAGUCAAUUGACACCAAUCCUAGUGUCCGAUAGAGAGGCAACAUUUGAAUGCAAUACAUAUGGUUCCCGACCUAAAGCCACUCUCUAUUGGAUUUUUGACGGCUCCAGACAUAAUACACCACUCAAUGGUGAACAUCAAACAUCGACAACAUUGACUAUAACAUUAAAACACGCACACAAUGAUGCCAUAUUAACAUGUGUUGCCGAAAAUAGCAAAAUUCAAUCAUCUAUUAUAUCCGAUGAACUUAAACUAGAUGUCCACUAUAUUCCUCAAUUAUCAUUACAAUUGGGAACACCGACCAUAUCAUUGCAGUCAUUACAAGAGGGAAACGAUAUAUAUUUUGAUUGUCAUAUAGACGCCAAUCCGCGACCAAAUGCGCCCAUUUUGUGGCGCUUUAACGGCAAUAUCUUACAUCCACAACAAGGUAUAAUUCAAAGCAAUGUAUCGUUGGUAUUACAGCGAGUGACUCGUAGUCAAAGUGGGACCUAUCAGUGUGAGGCCAGUAAUCAACAGGGAAUAGCAUUAAGCAAUGCUAUACACCUUAAGAUCAAAUAUGCACCCGUUUGUAUCACACAUUUCAUUCUAGCAUAUGGUGUAUCACUAAUGGAAAGUGUGGAUCUAAUAUGUGGUGUUGAGGCCAAUCCAUCGCAAGUAUCAUUUCAAUGGACAUUUGAUGGUAACAUUGAACUCACGAGUUUCAAGCAAUUCAACGAAACCAGCUCAAUAUUAAGCUAUUCUCCGACAUCACUACAAGACUACGGUACGGUUGAAUGUACAGCAAAAAAUUCAAUAGGAUUACAGCAAAGAGGGUGCAAAUAUCAUAUAAUUGAUGCCGGUCCGCCUAAAUUUCCAUUUAUGUGUCAAGUGGUCAACCAAAGUGAUAAUGCAUUGGUUAUACUAUGCACUGGUAAUGAACAGUCGUCAUCGCAAUUAGCCAACAAUUUGACAUCAAAUGAAGUGGAUGUCGCAGGAGAUCCUAAUUUCAAUCAAAUAAUGAUAAAUAAUAAUAAUAAUAAUCAUAAUAAACAAUAUGCAAAUUCCCAAAACAGUUUGUCCCCAACUGUUUUAGUCUAUCCCACCACAUACUAUAUGUGCGAAGUCUAUACACCCGGUAAUCAACAUUUAGUGGCCAAUGUUUCACUGCCAGCGAGUCUAACAACAAAUUCAAUACUUUCAGAUUCCGGUAACACAGAUAGCACAAUAUGGAGUACUGGUAGCACAGUUGGAACUGGUGGUACACCACCGACCACCACAACCACAACAACAACAUUUCAGUUAUUUGUGCCAAAUCUGACUCCAGCCACUAGUUUCCAAUUAAAAUUGUUUGCCAUUAAUUCAAAGGGAAAAAGUGAUCAAAUCUGGUUAAGGGCUCAAACAUUACGGCCGGCCGAGAGACUGGUCGACGCCGACAGCAAUACAAACAACAACAACAACGAGUUGUUAAAUACGGGCCAAACAUUUAAAACUAAACCUAUGCUAAUGGCUCUACUGAUUGGCGCCGCUGUCGUCACAGUUAUUGUCAUAUCAUUGGGCAUUAUUGCUGUGGUUAGAGUCAGGAGAAGCAGUUCCGCUAAUGUGAUCACUAAUGAGAGCACACAACCUAAUAGUAGACUACAAGAUAGGACUACUGUAAACACCAUCUUCGAGGAAGAUGAUGAUUGUCAGCCYUGUUAUGGUGACGACUGUUGCGAUCAAAUGCUGUUAACGUCGACCACAACUUCAAAUCAACAACAUUUGCAACAAUCAGAGCCACAAAUGUUUAGCAAUUGUAAUACAACUAAAGGUCCGCCAGAUAUCAUACCAUCAUUUGGUUACAUAACAACAGGUUAUCAAAAUGAAGACAGCAUUCAAUACGUGCCUACAAGUGAUGGUGUUAUCCAUUACGCAGAGCUAGCCUUCUGUGGCCAACCAAUGAUACAACAGAGCGGACAACAGACACCAAUAACAGGAGGAAUGACACUCUCGAAGAGCGGUUCCCAACAAUUACAACAACAAUGUGUAGAAUACGCCAAAUUAGAGUUCAAUAAAACACAAACACCCGUUCAAAGGGUUAACAUAAUCGGCGGAAGUCCUAAGUUUGAGUCUACAGUUUAAUAAUACAUAUUUUUAAUU